CUCGCUUGACUCUGGCCAUCCAGCAGAGCUCCUCAGAGCAGCAGCCACUACCAUAUUCACAGACUCCGGCUCUCUCAGUUCCUGUUUCCGCCGCAGCCUUUCCACCCGAUUUUUGGAGCGACAAACCCCGGCUGCUACUGCACCAGAUCCAGCCUCUGCACCCCCGGCCGGAUGCCAUUGGAAGUCGGUGUGACAUGUGAAGGAUAUAGAAUCCCACGGGCCUGACCAGAAGUGGUGAAGCUGAGGAGCGAGCGGGCCAAUCGGCAGCCGAGUGGAAAGGACAAGACCAUUCGGAUUUCAUCCUGCAUCCCGGAAACAGAAAGUGCUUCAAACGCAAAAGCCCCCCCCCUCCCCGGAGCAUUGGGUUGGAGCAACAGUGUGCAAGCUGUCAAAACACGAGUGGACUUCCCAGCGUGUUAGCGAUGCUUUAGCACACAUAGAAAAGACUGGUCGACCAAGUUUCACCCGAGAGACACCCGCAGAUUCCCCUUCCCCUCAAGACAUACACACACGGCCUCUCUCUAAUUUGCGUGUUCUCUCGUUUACCAUCCCAGUGAAGAUGCCAGUGCCAAGUGUGGCGCUGUGCCAGUUGUGGUGACGGGGCACAGAGCGCGUGUGCACAUCCGGCGGGCAGGCCGGUGGGUGGGUGGGUGGUCAGGCACACCAAGAGGCAUUAUCUGGUGGGCGUGGUUGAACCAUGCGGCCCUGGGCGGGUUCAUGGCGUUGGAUUACCCUGGUGCUGCUGGCCUGGGGCACGCUGCUCUUCUACAUCGGUGGGCACUUAGUGAGGGACAGCGAGCACCCAGAGCGCUCUAGCCGAGAGCUUUCCAAGAUCCUGGCCAAGUUGGAGCGACUCAAGCAGCAGAAUGAAGACCUGCGGCGCAUGGCCGAGUCUCUCAGGAUACCAGAGGGCCAGGCAGAGGCAGGGCCCCUGGCCGCAGGAAGACUGCGCUCCCUGGAGGACCAGCUAACCAGAGCUAAGCAGAAGAUCCACAGCUUUCAGAGACUCACUGGAGAUGGCCCCGGGCCAACUCAGGAGGAACUGCGAAGGAGGGUGGAGAACGGCGUCAAGGAACUCUGGUACUUUGUCCGCAGCGAGGUGAAGAAACUGGCCAACGUGGAGGCCAGUGAGAGGCAGAAGUACGCCGACACGCUGCUUCAGGACCUGGGACACCAGGAGAGGUCCAUCAUGACAGACCUGUACUACCUCAGCCAGGCGGAUGGAGUGGGCGAAUGGAGGAUGAAGGAGGCCAAGGACCUGUCGGCUCUGGUCCAGAACAGAAUCACCUACCUACAGAACCCCCCAGACUGCAGUAAGGCCAGGAAGCUGGUGUGUAACAUCAAUAAAGGCUGUGGCUAUGGCUGCCAGCUCCACCAUGUCGUCUACUGCUUCAUGAUCGCCUACGGCACCCAGCGCACCCUCAUCCUGGAGUCCCACAACUGGCGCUACGCCACAGGCGGCUGGGAGACCGUCUUCCUGCCCGUCAGUAACACCUGUACCGACCGCACCGGGGCUACCACCGGACACUGGUCAGGUGAGGCCCAUGACAAGGACGUUCAGGUUGUGGAGUUGCCCAUAGUGGACAGCCUCCACCCCCGGCCCCCCUACCUGCCCCUGGCUAUUCCAGAGGACCUGGCCCAGCGUCUGCACCGCCUGCAUGGCGACCCGUCUGUUUGGUGGGUGUCCCAGUUUGUCAAGUACCUGGUGCGCCCGCAGGCCUGGCUGGAGAAGGAGAUCCAACAAACCACCGCCAAGCUGGGCUUCAAACAUCCCAUCAUCGGAGUCCAUGUGAGGAGGACAGACAAAGUUGGGACGGAGGCAGCCUUCCACCCCAUUGAGGAGUACAUGCUGCAUGUGGAGGAACAGUUCCAGCACCUGGCCAGACGCGUCCACAUCGACAAGAAACGGGUUUACCUGGCCACCGACGACCCCUCCCUGCUGCAGGAAGCCAAGACCAAGUAUCCAGACUACGAGUUCAUCAGCGACAAUUCCAUUUCAUGGUCGGCAGGUCUUCACAACCGCUACACUGAGAACUCUCUGAGGGGAGUCAUCCUGGACAUCCACUUCCUGUCCCAGACCGACUUCCUGGUCUGUACCUUCUCCUCACAGGUGUGCCGUGUGGCCUACGAGAUUAUGCAGACGCUGCAUCCGGACGCCUCCUCUUUCUUCUACUCCCUGGACGACAUCUACUACUUUGGAGGCCAAAAUGCCCACAACCAGAUCGCCAUCUACCCGCACCAGCCACGCAACAGCGAGGACAUUCCCCUGGAGCCCGGCGACGUGAUCGGAGUGGCCGGAAACCACUGGGACGGAUACUCCAAGGGCGUCAACCGCAAACUGGGCCGCACCGGCCUCUACCCUUCGUACAAGGUCAAAGAGAAAAUCGAGACCGUGAAGUACCCCACGUACCCUGAGGCAGACAAACUGCUCAACUCUCAAAAAAAGUAAAAGAAGAAAUGAAAAAAAUAAAAUAAAAUAAAAUAAAAUAAGAAAGCGAACGAGUGAGGAGAAAGACACAGACUCCGAUCCAGGGAAGGAGGCUGCUUUUGUACAGAAGAGAGAGAGGCGUACUUAGCGCACUAAGCUGAGAAGAAAAGAGAAAAAGCCUGCACCCAGGGGUGAUAGGAAUGAGAAUGCACUCCGUGUGUGUGUGUGUGUGUGUGUGUGUGUGUGUGUGUGUGUGAGAGAGAGAGAGAGAGAGCGAGAGAGAGAGCGUGCAAAAGUGUGUGCGCGUGUAUGUGCGUCCGCGUGCACUUGUGUAAAUGCCUGUGCAUAUGUCAGGUCAUGGAAGACUUGCACCCCAACACUCCCCCCCCCCCUCCCUCCCAGCCCGAUGCCCACAGUUCGGGUUAAAUGUAGAAAUGUAGACGUGAACAUUGAUUUUAAACGAAGCAAGAAAAAAAAAAAAAAAAACAUUUAAACUCUACACAAACCGACCAAGCUCACUCCCCCGAGACGGACUGGGACUGAGACUGUCGCACCCAAGAGUGAGCUUUGAAUAAAAUAAAAAAAAGAAGAAGAAGAAGACAAAACAAAAACAAGAACAAUUAUAAACUGGAAAACGGUGUUUUGAUUUUUAAUUUAAUUCUUUUCAGUGGUUUUGAUUCUAAUCUUGCCUUUUUUUUUUUCCUCCUCCUCCUUUUUGUUUAUUGAAUGUACUGUAUCUACUCUGCCAUGCUCACUGCUUUCCUUCCCUUCUCCAUCCAUCUUCACUGUGCUUUUUUCCAUCUCGUCUCUACAUGUGCAAUUAAUUUUAAAAUACCAUAUUGUGCUUUUAUCAAGUGUUUUUAACAGUCUUAAUUUUGAGUGUAUGGGGCUUGUGCAUUGUAUACUGUAUGGUGUGUGUGUGUGUGUGUGUAUGUGUGUGUGCGCUUGCGUGUGUGGGUCUGUGUGUAUGAGGGAAUGUGUUUAUGAACGAGUGUGUGCGCCUGCCUGUGUGUGCUGUAUAAGUCUAAGGGGCCAUGUCACCUCCUGGUGCCUAUGACCUUGGUGAGGAGUGUGUGUGUUUAUUUUUUUUAAUUUUUUUUUUUUUAUUAUUAUUAUUUUUUUUAAAUAUGCUGGCUUUCCUCCUGACUGAAUUGUGUUUCUGUGCCCAACGGGAGGCUGGCGGCGACAGAGGGACUGUCCUCAGUUGGCACUUAGAACAAUGGUGAGCUCCAGUCACUCUACCGGUGACCUCUAGUGAACAAUGGUAAGACUAUGAGCGGACUGUGGUGAACUCAUGGUGCACACACACACCGCACACACACUCACAGGAGCCGUCCCAAGGCUCACCAAAUGAAGCACUCCACUUUAGCUGCUGUCUGUCCUGUCCAUCUAUUUGUUUGACGUUGAUUCCUUUUUUUUUUUAACAUUGCUGUUUUAAAAUAAAUGAGGACAAAAAAGUAAUGCCUAUGUUUUGAAAAAAUGAUAAUACUAUGUCAUAUCAGAUUCAGAGCCCCCACCCCACCCCACCCAUCAUCAUGAAGGCUUUUUUCAUAACUUAUGUUCUUGGGCAUUGUCUUUGAUAACCACAGAUCGAAAUAAACUU